AUGUAUUUCAAAUUUGAGAAUUUGAAUGAUGCAAGCCUAUUUCAGUUCACAUCCAGAGGUCUGUGGCAAGAUCUUGUCAUAGUGCACAGUCAUGGAAGAGCAAAACGUGAACAAAACAUGCUUGAAAACGACGAACAAGGCGAAUGUACCAAAUGUGUUCAGGUGCAGUGCCCACCUGGAUCACUUGGCCCACCAGGAGUUGACGGUGAGGCGGGAGUUGAUGGGGACAAGGGAAGAUCCGGAAAAUCUGGAUUGGAUGGUUUAGACAUGGCUCUUGAUGGUGAACCAAGCUCACCGUGUGUCAUUUGUCCAGUAGGUCCACCAGGAAAUCGUGGGCAACAAGGUGAACAUGGUCGAACAGGAGGGCCUGGAGAACCAGGUCGGCAUGGUAUAUCGGGAAGGCCCGGUAGACCUGGUCGUGUUGGCGAGGCAGGCCCUCAAGGACCUGCUGGAGAACUUGGCGAACCUGGAAUUAAGGGUCCUCCCGGUGACGAUUCCAUAGGCGGGACAGGAAUCAAAGGGCCACCAGGUCCUUCAGGACUGCGCGGUCCAAAAGGGCCGCCAGGACCAAAUGGUAUACCGUCAGGCGAUUAUGGCCCACAAGGGACGAGAGGAGAAGAGGGACCAACAGGACCAGAUGGAAAAAGAGGCGAGCAUGGCCCUUGGGGUCCAGCUGGUGCACCUGGAGGAAAUGGCGAACCUGGCAGAUAUUGUCCAUCUAACUGCGGCGUCCAGCAACUCGUUGGUCCUUCGAUUAGUGAUCUGGAUACUUCGGAUGAUUACUUCAUGACGUUUGGACAGGAAGAACGUUAA